UUGUUCGGUCAACGGAGCCUCCGUGUUUUAUUUUUUAUAAUAUCAAGUAUAGGCGCACAUAUAGAUCGCUCGGUUACACAAAUAUUAUGCUAACUGCUAUGAUUUAAGUUGGUUUACAAUGGUUCAAUUUCUGCAUUAGUCAUGUUUUCACAUUGUAAAAUUUUCUGAUAGCGUUAAUUUGCUUUAAUUUUAUCUCCAAUGCCAGCUGUAGCGUUAAUGUUUUAGUAAAGUCCUGCACAACCUGAUUUUCCCUCCUGUGUAAAUAAAGUUCAUUCAAAAACAGUGACGUCUUUGAAACGCGACACGGUCUACAGGGGGAAACGCGUGCUAUCGGAAAGCUGUCCCGCUGAAAUCUAGUCUAGGACUGGGAAUCUAGUCUGCUUUCGGUCCAUUUAAAUCCGGUGUGAUGGGGGACACGAGUCGGCUGUGCUCCGUGUGGCUGGGCUCGGAGACCGGCAUCCUGAAGGGGGUCAGUCUGUCUCGGAAACAGGCCUUUAACUUCUGCAACACGAGCCACCUGAGCCGCGACCAGGAGGUCCGUGCGCUGUGCUGGGGAGACCCGGCGGAGAGCGAGCUGCUUGUCGGCUCCGUGGACGGAACCGUCAAGACGUUCAGCACCGAGAAGGGCGCCUUCACCGAAACCCGGCGCUGCGGAGAUCCCGCCGAGGGCUGCUUCACCGGGCUAGCUGUGAUGAGCGGCUCCACGGUGGUCACAUGCGUGGAGUGCGGGACGCUGCGGGUGUGGAGGGAGGAUAGCAGCGAGCCCGUGACGGAGCUGGCCGCUGGGAAGAACGUGUGCCGUAUGCGGCAGAGUCCGGUAAACCGGCACAAAGUCGCCACCGGCGGGAAGGAGAACGGACUAAAGAUCUGGGACCUGGAGAGACCAAAGACGCCCGUGUUCACAGCAAAAAACCUGCGGGACGACUGGUUGGAUCUACGGCGGCCGCACUGGGUCAGGGACAUGGCCUUCAUCCCGGACUCGGACAAAGUGGUCACGUGCACUGGCUACCACCAGGUCCACGUCUUCGACCCCUCUUCCCCUCAGCGGCGUCCCGUCCUGGAGGUUGAAUAUGGCGAGUACCCGCUCACUGCUCUGUCUCUUCCUGCCAGCGGGAACACAGUGGUGGUGGGAAACACCCACGGCCAGAUCGCUCUGCUGGACCUGAGGAAAGGUCUGGUCCGUGGAUGUCUGAAGGGACUGGCGGGGGGCGUGCGGGGGCUGCAGUGUCAUCCCUCCCAGCCUGUGGUGGCGUCCUGUGGGUUGGACCGCUUCCUCCGCAUCCACAGCCUGGAGGACCGCAAACUGCAGCACAAAGUCUACCUCAAGUCCCGCCUUAACUGCGUCCUGCUCGCCAGCAGAGACCUGGAGGACGGAGUGGGACUGACGGUGUCUCAGGAGGUGAAGGAGGAAGAGGAGGGAGGUGAUGAUGAUGUGUGGGACACCAUGGAGCGGGUGGAGGAGACCCCAAAGAGAAAAACUACAGAGGAAGAAGAAGAGAUGCAGACUAAGAAGAGCAAGAAGAAGAGAAAGAAAGGACACGACUGAGGGGCGUUUGCUGUGCGAUCAGAAUGUGGGACUUUUUAAAACCAUCAGUCAGACUGAUGAACAACAAAAGACCGACAGCCUCUGAAAAGGAUCUGAAAACUAAGUCUUUGGCUGCGCCGCCACUGGAUUGUGGUUUUCUUAUUGAGGUUUAACUUUGAGUGAACUCACCAAACUUCUUUCUCUUCCUUUUGUCGUUACAGGCUGUUCUCAUACAUGCAGUUCAGUCGUACAUUCAGUCUGAUCAGCUGACUAGUUGUUAAUGGUUACUGAUGUCAUUUCAACCUUGAUUUUUUUUUGACCUCUCUUCUUUAUUUGUGAGUUUAAUUAAUAGAUUAGUGCAUUAUUUAAUUUGUUUCGGUCUCAAACAUAUUUGGGAACUGCGAGGAGUAACUAAAGAAAGGACACAACUGAGGGGCGUUUGCUGUGCGAUCAGAAUGUGGGACUUUUUAAAACCAUCCGGUCAAACCAGUCAGACUGAAACUCAUGAAAGAUAAGAUCUUCAUCGCUCAGAAUUUCCUUGAAUUUCCCUCGGGAUCAAUAAAGUAUCUAUCUAUCUAUCUUUC